GCAUCAGUCAGCUUCCCCGCGCAGAAAGGCGAUUCGCCAAGCCUCCAUUACGUAUACUGCGGAAUUGAGCUUGGUGGUUGGCCAUCAGCGUUGCCUGAAAGUUGAAGACACUUCACGUUUCUCUUACUCCUACGUCACUACCACGAGACAAUCAACCACAACACGCAGAACACGACAAUCAACACCCCUAAUCUUACGAAGCAUGUCAACUCACGGCGGACAGAUCGCAGAUAACGCUGCGGGACUGAAAAUCGAAGUAAUCGACAGGGCCGAAGAUCUGACUGGCGGAUUUGAAUGCGCAGCUAAGUGCUUUGGGGAUCAAAUCAACGAUGCAGUGUGGACGGCUAUGAACCCUGGCUGGAACACAGCCGAGGGCAAGGCGGCGGGAGCAGCUCGAGUGGUAGACCGAUGGAAGUCCACAACUACGAACAAGGAUGGAAAACCGAACACAGUGUUCUUGAAGGCAACACUGCCUGACCCGCAACAAGCAGAUCGCCGCAUACUUGUUGGCUUUGCCAUCUGGGCGCAACUGUCGAUGGUUGAUGGAUACGGCGAUAAACCAUCCACCGACCUCAGCAUGAGCCUAGACCUGGAGGCGCUCUAUCCCGGCAAUGCAGAGGAACAGCGAUUCUUGAGCCAGGCGUUCGCUUCCCUGCUCAAGAAGCGCGUGGAAACGGUCAUCUCAAAGGAAGGCGCAAACCCCCCAGCAACUUUUGUACUGGAUCUCUGCGCUGUUGACCCGGCCUUCCAGCGCAGAGGUAUCGCGCUCAAGUUGGUGCAAUGGGGUUUGGAAGAGGCCAAGAUACGUGGAUUGGAGGCGACAACGGAAGCUUCAGCCAUGGGACGGCAUGUCUAUUCAAAACUGGGGUUCAAGCCCGUGUCAGAUGUCGAGUAUGUGAUUGACGAGGAUGUUAUCAAGGGCCGCACCAUGCCACCAAACCUGUUUAUGCGCACGGGUGGAGUAGCAUAAAACCAUGAUCAAGAUACAACCGGGGCAAGCGAGGGCCUGGUGUCUUCGGUUCGCUACAGAAAGGAGAGGGGGGUAGGAAGGCACCGCCCAGGCGUGUAUGACAGCGGAAGCACACGGAAUAGAAGCGAAAAGAGAGAAGAAAAAAAAAAAGAAAAAGGGCGGGGGCGUUGUAUAUACAUCCGGUUUUAGAUGGCCUUUCCAUGGCCCCAAUUCCCGGUAAUCACAAACAGCUUCAAUGCAAA